ACGCCGCUGUGGCCGGAGUCGAGGCGUCAGUAAUUUUCUAGUAAAUAUAUUUUUCAAGAUUUUUUUUUCACAGUGCGAAUGACAGUCCGUGCAGGACAGCGACACAUUUCAUGUAGUGUAAAUCAUCGAAGAAUCCACUCCAUGGAGGUCGUAGACAGCCCGCUCAACCUGGCUCACCAGCAGUGCAGGAAGGCGGACCGUUUGGUAGCUGCUGGAAAGUAUGAAGAGGCCAUCUCCUGUCAUGGAAAAGCAGCAGAUCUUCUGACAGAUGCAAUGAAGACGACAGACUGUGAGCAGGCUCGUCUGUCCAUGGAGCUGCAGAGAGACAGUCAUAUCAAACAGCAGCAAUUGAUCCAAGAGCGCUGGAAGAGAGAGGCUCGACGUGAGGCAACAAAGGCACGAUCUGGUCCCAUGCAGCCUCCCACUGUACCAGGGCUCCUUGUCCCAACUCGGUCCACAAGUCAUCCCGGCCCCCACGGCUCCCCGGGCCUCAAAGCUGCAGAGUGUGGAGGCGUCCGGGAGAGAGAGUAUGACACCUUACUCUACCAGCUUCAGACUCGGCAGACUGGAGGCUGCCAGCCUGUGACUCCACAAUACCCUGGAUCAAAGACCACCAAAGAUGAUAAAACUCGCUUGGAAGAACAACAGACCACCAUUGAGGACCUGCGGCGCCUGGUUGACCACCUGAUGAACGAAAAUCAGCAGCUGGUAGCCGAGAACGAGCGGCUACGAUCGGAAAAUGCACGGCUGCACUCUGAAGCGGCGGACUUUGUGGAGCGUUCAGAGCUCUGGGUGCUCCCACAAGCAGGUGCUGCUAUGGCAACAGGGGGUGGGCAAGAGAGGAAGAGCACAGGGAAGGGGAAGGAGAUUGCCAUCCCUCAGCUGCCACCACUGGAAAUGCCAGCUCAGGAAGAUCUGUGUCUAGAUGACCUGCCUCCUCUGGAGCUGCCAGAGGACAUCCAGAAUGAACUACAGGAGCUACUGGACAGGGAUAAACUGUGAUUAAACAGCUCUCUCUCUCCCUCUCUCUCUUACACACACGCACACACACACACACACAUACACACACACACUUAUCAUCACAACAAUAUGGCUUUUGAGUUGAGCAGCAAUGAAAGCCACAGGCUCUGACUGAUGAGGCUUCAGCUCAGGUCAUAUGUGGACAGACCUAUCAACCCCAAACCCUGCACUAAUUAGAAUCAGUCCACCAGACAGUUCUGCUUCAAAUGGUGCAAUAAACUGACAUCGGGGAGAGGGAGAUGUCAGUCUAGAGAAGAGGUCUGAUUCGGCAGAUUACCACUAAUGCAAGACAGCCGAAGUCACACAUAAAGGAAUAGUUCACCCAGAAAUUCUGUCAAUGUGAACAUCAGUGAAGUCGUAUGUUUGCAGUGCUUACAGUGAGCCCUGUGUCAGCUGUCAGGAACAUGUUCUAUAUUCAAAGUCCACUUAUCAGGGUUUUCAGGAGCUUUUCACCAUGUGUCAUGGUCUUCCGUGGUAUUACCAAAUCACUAAAAUACCCUAUUUGGCUUAUUUGAUGAUAGCUGAGUUUUUUUUGUUUUUGUUUUUGUUUUGUUUUGUCAAAAAACUGAGCAGAAACAACAAGGUCCAGUUCAUAGUUAGUAGGUGGAUGUUGAAGUUUGCCUUUGUGUGUAUGUGUUUUACUGUUCAGACACAGCCAUGUGUGUCUAAAUAACUGAAUAACUCCAGCAGCAUCAUUUCAGUGUUCUGAAGCUCAAUGACAGCACAAUACAAGUACAUGUAUUGCAUUACACAGAAAAGUGUGUAUUUGUGUGUGUAAUAGAAUGUGAGACCGAUCAAGCAAAAGAGAGGCACAUGUUGGCUUCAGUAUACCAUCAUGUGGCAGUCAGCCAGUAGGGAGUGAAAAUCAGUUAACUAUUUAAUUUAUGAGAAAUUAUGUUACAUUGUCUUUAUGUAAAUAAUCUGAUUUUUGAUCAUUUGUUCUUAUAAAAGGGAUUUUCUUUUUUUGUCUUCUACUGGGACAGUGCCUGGACAUUCAGAACAUUUAUGAAUGAAAUCUACUGAAGAUGCCUCUUUUGAUAGUAGAUUAAAAUAAUCAUGGACUUUGGGCCCUGUCAUAAACUAGCUCAGCUUCAAAACACUUGAUAUGCUGCACGAGCUGUUCAAAAAUCAAUUUAAGUUGUUUUCUGUGAGUUGGUGCUCUGCCUGAUUUGGUGCUCUGCCAGAACAUGUUCCCAGUGUCCUCAGUUUCCCCAGAAUGUUUCAAUGUAACUCAGUUGUUGUCACACUGAUGCACAAAUGGAACAGUUCUGACUCGUUGGACUGUGGGAGGUUCAUGACUGAAGGCUGACUUUUUGGAUGAACUGCUCCUUUAAAGUCAGUGCUCUGCUCCAGCUUGACCGUGUCUCAAUAGUGACAGAGGUAUUGGUCUAACACACACACACACAACACACACACACACACACAGAUCUGGAUCAUGUGAGUGUAUUUCAGCCACACAAGAGCAUAUUGCUGUUGUUGAGGAAAAACUACAUUGCUGCAUUUUUUUUAUUUUCUCGUAGCUGGCUUAAAUUAAAGGCUUUAAUGAUCAUUUGUGUGUGUAGUGAAUUUUUAGGAGCAGUUCCUUGAAAGUUAUCUCGAGCGCUAGAUGGAUUCGUGUGACAAUUCAUCUUGCCAGGCUUCAAGCUAUUGCGCUUGUGACCAAUCCACAGUUAGUUGGACAAAUCGGCGUACUGUGAGGAGCUACUGGUGGCGCUGAGUGUGUUUUAGGUGCGCUAGACAAAAGGGUUCAUCCAAUCACCUGCCAAGUACCUUUUUAAAAGUGCCUGCCUUUUUCCAAACAGUUUUCAUGGAUGACUUCCCAUGUUCUUGCAGGUUAGUGUUUUUAUCCAGCAACAGCAAUAUAGUUACACACAGACUUGUACACGGAACAUGAAUCUGACUGAAGCACACACAGCUGACAGAGCCUCACAGACACAUCCAGCCACUGCUCGUUCACACCGCAAGCAACAUCAGUCGAUGUAAGGGUGGCAGACAUCUAGGUUUGCAGCUCUAGUGGAAUGAUGUCUUUAAUAACGCUCUACAAAGAUGCAAGAACUGACCAGUGUUUUUAUGAUUUAGAUCGCUAAUAGAACACUGGUUCCUCACCUGCUCACCAUUCCAGAAGUCUAGUUUAACCUUCUACAGAUACCGUCACAUCUGUAAGGCUUGCUUAAGGCUUCUACUUGCUUGUAGAACUGAAGCAAUCCGUCAGUUCAACUAUGGUGGGUAUUUAUAAAACCAUUUUGGACAACAGUUACAAUGCAAUGGUAUCCAGCAUGUUGUACAAACUUCAUACCUUGUGGUAAUGAACAGAAGAAGCAGCAGCCUGGAAUCCAGAAGAAGCACACAGAGAUUCCCAAAGCUCUGAUGUUUGAAGCUGGUAAUGAUGUAAAUGUAAAAAUACUGGAAUAGGCUUUUAAAACUGCGUCCAUCUGUUUUAAAUAGUCAGUUUGACAGAACAAGCCUGGAAUAACUACCAGUUUAUUAGGUCGUUGCACUAAAAUGAAAGUCUAUUCAGUUUUUGAUCUCUACCACCUCCUGAGAAAAACGAGUGUGGUGAUAAUUCUCUGUAGGGUUGUCCUAACUUUUCUCAAUAUAGUGACAUUUGAUUUGGUGUUGCAGCUUUGACUGAACUAAGCAGGUCUGUAGCACUCUGGAGCUGUGAAGCUAUGAUGUAAUCAGCACCUUCUCCAAUGACAAGCUGAAAGGAAAUAAAGAAGAGUACAUGAGGCGACAUUUUCACUGUGUUGCUUGCAGUCUGAAUGCAUGUGGAAUGUGCACGCACACUUUCAGACAUUUGUACAAACUCUGGACUUACAACAGUGUAUCUCCUAUUGGAACAUGAUAUGCAGAACUGGCUCAAACAGGACAGGUAUGCUGUGUUCACGACCUAUGCAAACACGAUAAAUCCCAUAUUUUACUAAAAAAAAAGAUACUCCCAACUAUGUUUACCGUAGCUUACAGCUGUUAUCUGAUUGACACAUGAUGCUGAGAUGUGGAAAUUUGUAUAAAAAUGUUUUCUUUUUGAAUAAAGCUGAGUUUAUGAUUUAUAUCACAGUUACAAUAUCUGACUUUAUGAUCCCGGAUCUUCAAAUCUACGGCAGGACAUCAUGUCUGUGCUGUGUGUUUGUUUUAUCGUUGACGUGAUGUUUGAUUUGCUGUUGAAUCUUUGACAUACUUGGUUAUUGUGCAUUAAAUGUAGAAAGGAAAAUAAGGAGCCACUGAUGGUCACAGAAAUCUACGUUCAUGGACUGUUGACCAGACAUCAGGUUGGUUAUAUUACCGUUCACAUAGGCCGUGAAUGCAGCAUUACCAUAAAGACACUUCACACUGCUAAAGGAAGCCACUUCUCACCUGUAAUCAGUGUCCAGAGUACAAAUAACAACUGAAACUACAGGCUGGCCAGCUGUCACAAACCACAGACUAAGGCAGCUUCAGGAACCCUCCGGUACUCUGUGCAUUCUCAACAGUCCUACACCGUGCCUUGGACAGCAUUCUGCACUGUGGUGGCAGUCACAUCUCUGGAUCUUCAGAUGGACAGAAGCAGUCGUCUGUUAACUCGUGUCUGAGGGGACGGUUGUUCAAACCGUCCACCAGACCAAUGAACAUUCACUGACUGAACCCAACAGCUCUAAAAUCAUCUCAGGUCUUCAGAGUGCUGUGCUGCCCUGGCUCUAAACAGAAGCCCACAUCUGGAUCUGUGCCACACCCUUUUGUCGGAAUAAGCAUCUAAUGUCAUUCCCCCAUCGUAGUUUGCUGUAACCAUGCAGUGCCAAGACGUGAUCAUCCACUGUGGCCUCUCGGCGACAGAUAACAGCUGUUUUCUAGCAGAACUGCCCAGACCAAGCUGUGAUGGUUUCUCCAUCAAAUCAAAGCUCUGUUAACAGAUAUCACGCUCGCUGUUUAGAAAUUGCUUUACUGCUGUAUCUGAGCUAUGUUAAGAUGCAUUAUGUGAAUAUAAGAAGUUGGCUUGUCGCUAUAAACAGCAUGUAGAGCGAAUAAUACAGCUGGUGCCAUUUAACCACUGCAGAGAAGGAGAUGAUGUCAUUCAAGAGCUCCAGUUGAAGCUCAAAGAGUGCACAAAACGUAGAAAACAUAAUGGAAAAGGGGUGUUUGUUAGUUUCCAUCUAGUUAUGGUCUCUCCAAGUGGAGCAGAAGCAUCAGGGGACGUCACCGUUUGUCUUUUUCCACUGCACUUGGUCACAGUCUGGUUUUAGUGAUACGUAGACGUCUUCAUCUCAGACAAGCAGAAAAAACAAAAUUGGCCAAACAUUUUUUGGACAUUUCAGUUUGCCUCUGCUCACACACACAAACAAAUCAUUGGAGGUGCACCAGUGUGCUACUGAUUGUGGAUGAAACCUACAAAUAGCAUCAUUGUCAACUAUGAUUUCUGACUGAAAAGUUGCUGCAGUAUGUGAAGAAAGUCCCAUCAUCAAAGUCUGGUUCACUAGCACCUCUUCAUUUCUCAUUGAGUGGCUAUAUUUCAGGAUAUUCUGAGGAGAAAGUCUGACGAAUUUUUAGUUAGUGUCAUAGUAGUCUGACUCCCUGAUGUAGGUUGCGGGUAAAGGCCUCCCAUUGGCCGAUCAUUUCAGUCGGCAUUAUCCUCCCCAUCUGAUAUCUGAGUGUUAGCGUUUUGUUCGCCCGUGAAACAACAACAGCAACCUGCCACAUUGGAAAUAAAACUAAAACCCAAAGUUUUGUCAUGGAUUUGGAUUGUCCAGUGAGGCAGCUCUGUUAUCCAUUUUAAACACAGCACUCGUCUCUUUGCAUGCAAAUGUUCCACCACAAGAAUUCCGUCACUAUUUUUAGAGGAACACUGAAGCCACAUCUUUGCUUAGCCCCGCUCACGAUGAUUUUGAUUGGUUUAAAGAAAUACAAACAAGCCACAGUGUUUUUUCCCUUUACAGCAGAACGAUAGCGAGGUGCAGCCAGACCAUCAUGUUCUACAGAAUAAGAGGCAAAGCUAGACCCAACUUCUUGACUCAAACACAGCGAACAAGGUGUCUUUGUCACUGACACGGCAAAAUUGCUGGAGACGUGGAUGAGUUCAUGGACACCAGAACACUGCAGCUUGUUUGUGGCAGCAGCACUCAGCAUCUGGUUUUGCUCUCAGAGCUCAGAUGGUUUUAGACCUUCCCUCUCCUUCUACCUGUUGCUGUUUUAUAAUACAUGAUGUUAUGUGAUUUGACGUUAUCAUUUGGAAGACUGGAGUGUUUUUAUUCUACCACCUGGAGGACAGAAUACGGUGCUGUGUUCUUUGUGUCUUACUGAACAUGUGUGUUGUAUGAGUAAGGACUGACGAAGGUUUUACUGAUGUGGGGUUAAAAGGCCAGUUGAGGUUCUUUCCCUGCCUGCUGUAACUCAUACUUACCUACUGUAUGAUUUUGCUCAUAGUUCACACCUAAUGCUACCACUCAUUGGUAUCCUAUAGAACAAUAAAACAUGUGAUGGCCUGAUAA